AUCUAAACUAGCUCGCGUAAUUCGAACUUUAUUUGUACCCCUAUCCCCUAUCCGAGACCAAACGCUACGCCCCCCGCCUCCUCGACGCCGAUGGCGACACCUCACUCGCCCAGCUGACAAGUCCACCGAGCACACGCAAGCAACAAAGAAAGAGAUCGAGGAGAAGGGGAAGACAGAGGAGGGGAAGCGGCGUGAGGAUCGAACUCGGUGACCAUGGAAUUGGACCGGCUGCUGUUCGACCAGCUGGCCGGGGAGGCGCUGCGCGAGCUGCUGCUCGUGGUGCGGGGCACCUUCCUCUGCCGCUCCACCGCCGAGCGCCUGCGGCGGAGCGUCGAGCCGCUGCUCCCGCUCGUGCAGGGCCUCCCCGCCCACGGCCGCAGCAACGGGGAGCUCGGGGAGCUCGCGGUGCGGAUCAGGGAGGCGCUCGACCUGGCCCGCUGCGCCGCGGCGUCCCCGCGCUGGAACGUGUACCGCGCCGCGCAGCUGGCCCGCAGGAUGGAGGCCGCCGACCGCGGGAUCGCACGGUGGCUGGCGCGGCACGCGCCCGCGCACGUCAUCGACGGCGUACGCCGGCUGCAAGACGAGGCCAACGCGCGCAUUGGGCGGCUCGAGCGCCGCGUCGAGGAGAUCGCCGCAGCCUCCGCGGCGCCCCAGCCACCAGCCUUGUCUGUUCCCGUCGCGCCGCCGCACAAGGCCUCCAUGGCCGGUAUGCCGAUGGAGGUGCCGCACAAGGCCAUGGCUAUGCCCAUGGACUUUCCCCCCAAGGCCAUGGCGAUGUCCAUGCACGUGGAGCUCCCGGAGGAGCACGAGGACGACGGGAUGGUGGGCGGCGGCGUCAAGGUGGGCAAGGAGAAGGUAAAGGAGAUGGUCAUGAGCGGCGGCGGCGGCUGGGAGGUCGUCGGCAUCUCCGGCAUGGGCGGCAGCGGCAAGACCACGCUCGCCAUGGAGAUCUUCAGGGAUCACAAGGUCCGAGCCUACUUCAACGACAGGAUCUUCUUUGAGACGAUAUCGCAAUCCGCAAACUUGGAGACCAUCAAGAUGAAGCUGUGGGAGCAGAUCAGCAGCAACAUAGUGCUUGGUGCAUACAACCAGAUCCCAGAAUGGCAGCUCAAGUUAGGGCCAAGGGACCGAGGACCGGUCCUUGUUAUCCUUGAUGAUGUGUGGUCUCUUGCACAGCUUGAGGAGCUCGUGUUCAAGUUCCCUGGGUGCAAGACUCUUGUUGUAUCGAGAUUCAAGUUCCCCACGUUGGUAACCCGGACAUAUGAAAUGCAGUUGCUUGAUGAGGAGGAGGCUUUAUCUGUCUUCUGCCGUGCUGCCUUCGGUCAGGACUGUGUUCCGCACACUGCUGACAAGAAAUUGGUUAAGCAGGUUGCUUCAGAGUGCGGAGAUCUUCCUCUAGCUCUGAAGGUCAUUGGCGCAUCUUUGCGGGGUCAGCCUCCUAAGAUAUGGCUGAGUGCCAAGAACCGGUUGUCACGAGGGGAGGCUAUUUCUGACUCCCAUGAGACCAAGCUCCUAAAGAGAAUGGCGGCAAGCGUGGAGUACUUGUCAGAGAAGGUUAGAGAUUGUUUCCUUGAUCUGGGCUGCUUCCCAGAGGAUAAGAAGAUCCCUCUUGAUGUGCUGAUCAACAUUUGGAUGGAGAUACACGAUCUUGAUGAGCCAGAUGCUUUUGCCAUCUUAGUUGAGCUAUCGAACAAGAACCUUCUUACCCUAGUUAAUGAUGCACAGAACAAGGCUGGAGAUUUGUACAGUACCUAUGAUGACUGCUCGGUGACGCAACAUGAUGUGUUGAGGGAUCUGGCGCUUCACAUGAGUGGACGUGAUUCUCUGAACAAGCGGAGGCGGCUGGUGAUUCCAAGAAGAGAAGAAUCACUUCCAAGAGAUUGGCAGAGGAAUAAGGAGACUCCAUUUGAAGCUCAGAUAGUUUCCAUUCAUACAGGUGAAAUGAAAGAAUCUGACUGGUUCCAGAUGAGCUUCCCCAAGGCAGAAGUGCUCAUCCUCAACUUUGCCUCAAAUGUAUACUACCUCCCACCAUUCCUCGCAACAAUGCAUAACCUGAAAGCGUUGGUGCUGAUCAACUACGGCACCACCAGUUCAACCCUUGACAAUCUAUCUGCCUUCACCACACUCAACGGUCUGAGGAGCCUCUGGCUGGAGAAGAUCAUGCUCCCACCGCUGCCAAAGACCACAAUCCCACUGAAGAACCUGCACAAGAUUUCCCUUGUCCUCUGUGAGCUGAACAACAGUCUGAGAGGAUCAACGAUGGACCUGUCCAUGACUUUCCCGCGCCUCUCCAACCUCACCAUUGACCACUGCAUAGAUCUGAAGGAGCUGCCAUCUAGUAUCUGUGAGAUCAGCUCCCUUGAGACCAUCUCCAUCUCCAACUGCCAUGACCUCACUGAGCUGCCAUAUGAGCUGGGUAAGCUGCACUGCCUGAGCAUUCUUCGGGUGUACGCCUGCCCAGCGUUGUGGCGGCUCCCACCAUCGGUGUGCAGCCUGAAGAGGCUGAAAUACCUUGACAUAUCUCUGUGUAUCAACCUGACAGACCUCCCAGAGGAGCUUGGUCACUUGACAAGCCUGGAGAAGAUCGACAUGCGAGAAUGCUCACGAUUGAGAAGCCUCCCGGGGUCGUCCUCCUCCCUGAAGUCUCUCGGUCAUGUCGUGUGCGAUGAGGAGACGGCAUUGCUGUGGAGGGAGGCUGAGCAGGUCAUCCCGGACCUCCGAGUGCAGGUGGCAGAAGAGUGUUAUAACCUGGACUGGCUUGUAGACUGAUGUCAUGUUCUGGAUGCUUUGGCUUCCAAACUGACCAUGUACAGAUGACGUGGAUACGUUUCCCUGUGUAGUGCAGGAUGUGUAAUCAGUCCGCCGAGCAAUUUUGACAGCUAAACUUGAAAUCCCGGUUCCAAAAUACAAAUGCACGUAGAAAGAAAAUAUAUACAAAGAAAAGAAUUUCUUUUCUUGGCACAAAGCACAUUUAUAUACAUUUGAUGAAGA